CAAACGAUCUAAAAUCAUAUUUCCUUGUUGUUGUUUUUGAAACGAUUUAAGUAAAGUUUUCUUCUAUCACAAUCUCUUCCUGUUAGCAUUAGCCAAGAUGGCGGCGGAUCAAGUUUUUAUUCCUCCACCGUCACUGUCAGCUAAAUAUGAAGGAUCUUUUGCGUAUCUGACGGUUAGAGACAGGCUGCCGACGAUCCUGACCAAAGUCAUCGAUACCAUUCAUCGAAACAAAAACAACUUCUUGGAGAAGCACGGACAGGUGGGUGUGGAAGCAGAGAAAAGAGCCAUAUCCUUCCUGUCCAAGCUGAGGAACGAGCUGCAGACGGACAAACCCAUACUGCCUCUGACCGACUCUGCAGACGACACAGAAGAGUGGAACCGGUACAUGCAGAGACAGCAGGACCUGAUGGAAGACGGGCAGCCGGUCAGCUGGUUCAAGUCGCCUUGGCUCUAUGUGGAGUGCUACAUGUACAGGAAGAUCCAGGAGGCCUUGUGGUUCAGUCCUCCGAUCUGCGAUUUUGAUGCCUUUAAGGAAGUAAAAACGAAGAGCUUCUUCGAGUCCCAGCAAGCGAUCAUCUCGCUCUGUACGUACCUCCGAGAGAUCCUCGCCAACACAGACACCUCAAAGAAGGAAUCGGUGUUCGAACAGUUCCUCAGGUUUCUGCAGGUGUCUCUGUGGGGAAACCGGUGCGAUUUAUCCAUCUCAGCCGGCCAGGAAAACUCCCAGAAGACCAGUCCGAUGGAUUCGCUGUCGGAUCUCCGGCGCUUCAUCCUAGUAGACGAUUCGGAGAAAGUCUGGUCGGUGUUAACAUCUGUUCAGGCUUCUGGAGGAACGGAGAAGAGAGGAUUCAGACUGGACAUCGUUCUAGACAACGCUGGUUUUGAGCUCGUCUCCGAUUUAGUACUCGCAGAUUUCAUGGUGUCCGUCGGCUUGGCGAAGGAAGUGCGUUUCCACGGCAAGUCCAUCCCUUGGUUCGUCUCAGACGUCACCAAGCAGGAUUUUGAUUGGACCCUAUCGCAAACGGCGGCGUCCAAUCACAAUCACGCGUCGUCCUGCGGCGCCCAGUGGAAGCGGCACGUGAAAGACGGAGCGUGGACGUAUCACGACCAUCGAUUUUGGACUCUACCGCACGAGUUCUGCGACAUGCCGGAAGACGCAGCGGAUCUCUACUCCACGCUGCAGGGUUCCGAUCUGAUCCUGUUUAAAGGAGACCUGAAUUACCGCCGGCUGACCGGUGACAGAACGUGGGAGCACACGGUGCCGUUCGAACGAGCGCUCAGGGGCUUCCUGCCUGCUCCUCUGUGCAGCAUCAGGACUCUGAAGGCCAACGUACAGGUGGGAUUAGACCCGAGCCAGGCGGAGAAACUCGCCGCUCAGGAUGCCGAGUGGAUGACCAGCGGCAGAUACGCAGUGAUUCAGUUCUGCAGUCAGAACAAAGAACAGCAGCAGGGUUCUUAAAGAUGUCCAGAGAACAAAAUAACAUCCAUUCAUUUCAAUGCAGAAUCAUUUCUCUUUAAUGUGUUGUUAAGUAUUAAUAAGAGUCUUAGCAGUUCACGGUUUCAGACUCCCAGGUCGGUGACAUCCAACGUGUCUGGACUUUUUCUGUUUUACAACCUGAAUGUCCGUCCUCACACCUGAUAGAUGUUUCAUUUGGUAAAACCUGAAAACAAAAUGCGUUACAUCAACCAGCAGAACAUUGAGCUUCAGAGCGAGAGACAAACCAACAUGGAGGACGAACUGCCUUUAAUACAAUGAUGUAACUGUAAUGUUUACUAACGUACGAUGAUGUAAUUAAUCGAGCGUACAACAUUCGUCUCUGCAAACACACACACACACAUACACACACAUAUACAUACAGAUAUACGCACACACAUACAGACACAUACACACACAUAUACAUACACACACACACACACACACAUAUACAUACAGAUAUACACACA